GGCGCGCAGCGUGCUGAGUUUGAAAACUGUGGCGUUUGUUGAGCUGCAGCGAGAGGAACCGGCUUUAAACCGUCCACCACCAUGCUGAGAAACGAUGAGCUUCCGGAGCUGCAGUGCACGGUGGCGGUGGAGCGUGUGAGCGCCUCCUCCGGUCACGCAUUGAAGCGACGUGUCGCGCGCUCCGCCGCAGUCCUGCUGGGCCGAGACGAGCACGAGGAGCUGGUGCUGCGCAUCCACGACCGUUCCAAAGGUCACACUGAGAGCUUCAUGCUGAGAGACUUCCAGCUCUUCACCCGCUUCGCCAAAGACGGGAAGUGCACGGUGAAGCUGGAGCCGGACGGCACUCAGGUGCUGAUUUCAGACUGCCCACCUGACCGCCUGAGCGGCUUCCUCAGGACCCUGCGCAUAAAGCACGAGGCCUCACGAGACCGGAAGCCCGUCAGCGACCGGGUCAGGCUGAAGGCCACGCUUCCACGCUCCUUCAACACCAUCAGCCCCCUGCAGCAGAAGGACGUGCAGAAAGCAAACGAGCUGAGGAGCAAAGUCAACGCUCCCCUGCAGCUGAAGGGUCUCUCUGUGAGAUCCGGCCUCAGUAACAAAGCUGGAGGAUCUUUGCAGGUCAAAAGACCCAGAGCCGACUGUGAUACCAGCCCGGUAAAAGCUCUCCACCCCAACAAAAAGCCUGUUCUGACUCUGCCUGUGGCGAGAAAGCUCAGCAAAGAACAAGCUGCAGUUCUUGACGCUGUUUUAAGUGGAAAGAACAUCUUUUUCACUGGAAGUGCAGGUACAGGGAAGUCUUUCCUGUUGAAGAGGAUUGUGGGAUCUCUGCCUCCGAAAAGCACGUACGCUACAGCCAGCACAGGAGUCGCUGCGUGUCACAUAGGAGGAACGACGCUGCACAGUUUUGCAGGUAUCGGUUCUGGUUCGGCUCCUCUGGAGCAGUGUCUGGAGCUGGCCCAGCGGCCCGGUGUCCUGCAGCACUGGACCGGCUGUAAACAUCUCAUCAUCGAUGAAGUCUCCAUGGUGGAGGCCCAGUUCUUUGACAAGCUUGAAGCCAUUGCCAGGUCCAUUCGAAGGUCCACUGAGCCGUUUGGAGGGAUCCAGCUGAUCGUUUGUGGAGAUUUUCUCCAGCUUCCUCCAGUUACUAAAGGAAAAGAGAAACCCAGCUUCUGUUUCCAGGCGAGGAGCUGGAGGAAGUGCAUCCACGCCAACAUGGAGCUGACCGAGGUUCGCCGGCAGACUGACCGCGCCUUCAUUUCACUCCUGCAGGCGGUCCGAGUGGGCAGAGUCACGGAGGAAGUCACCACCCAGCUCCUGAAAAGCGCCAAUAACCGCAUCGAAAGAGACGGUAUCCUGGCAACCCGGCUGUGCACACACAAGGACGACGUGGAGCUCACUAAUGAGAACAAACUCAAGCAGUUACCAGGACCCUUGCGAGUGUUUGAGGCAGUGGACAGUGACCCCAUGCUGGUGAAAACUAUUGAUGCUCAGAGUCCGGUGGGGGCAGUGCUGCAGCUUAAAGUCGGAGCACAGGUCAUGCUCACAAAGAAUCUGGACGUGCAGAGGGGGCUGGUGAACGGAGCCAGAGGUGUUGUGGUCGACUUCUUACCUGGAAACCAAGGCCUCCCCCGUGUGCGGUUCCUGUGUGGGGCGGUGGAGGUGAUGAAACGCGAGCGCUGGAUGUUUAAGGCGGGGGGAGGAAUUUAUCUCAGCCGCCAGCAGCUUCCUCUAAAACUGGCCUGGGCUAUCUCCAUCCACAAGAGUCAGGGUAUGACUCUGGACUGUGUGGAGAUCUCUCUGGCGCGAGUGUUUGAGAGCGGGCAGGCGUACGUGGCGCUGUCUCGAGCCCGGAGUCUGGAGGGUCUACGCGUGAUGGACUUCGACCCCAGAGUGGUCCAGGCCAAUCAGGACGUCCUGCAGUUCUACAGGAAGCUGAGGAAGGAGAGGAUGCUCCUGCAGUCUUCCAUGAGUGACUUUGUGGGGAAGAGCAAUAAGGAGAACGAGGCUUGGUGAGGAAACUUCUUCACGACCUCACGUACGACAGUGCACCGUGUGCAUGAGCUGAAGGAAGAGCAGUACUGUAAUUUUUUGCUUUUUAUAUAUAUAUAUUUUUUUAAUUAAUUUAUCAUGGCUUUACUUCAUUUCUGAAAGCAGUAAAAUGUUGUGAAAGUGUCUACAUUUGUUUUAAAUGCUGUUUUAAAUGCUUUUUAUUUAAUAAAAUAUUUUUUUAAGUA